AUGUGCAAGGCAUGGUGGGACAAAGAUGACCCAAAGUAUUGCAUGCCGGUGGCCGGCGACUAUGCACGGCACCAGGAAGCGUUGCGGAACUACCUCUGGUUCAGGGCAUCCAACUGCGGGAACUUCUGGACCGAGCAAGAAUGCUUACGCAUCUUCGGCAACCAGGCCGUUCUGACGCAUGAGUGCAAAUUCAGGGUCCACUUGUCUACCCCAAGUACUACCCUCCUUGGCAUAAGGGCUUAG